AUGGCAAUAAAAUGGAUGUCGGAAUGUUACAAAGUUACACGUACCACAUCAAAAAACUCAAAUCUCUGGGCUGACAACAAAAAACUGUUUCAUUUUUACAACAUCGAAACUGAAAUUAAAAUUUCUCCUUUUUAUGUCACCGCUGGUUCUGCUGUUAGUAACCAUAUGUUGCAAAAAUUUUAG